GAAACUUGCUUGAUCACAUCGUCUGCCACGAUCACCGAUGUCAUAUGCUUCGCCACAAUGCCGGACAACUUUGUGUACCUUGGAGUAUACUUCGUUGCUUCUAAAUUAUACUUCAAUGCUCUCCUCACCUCGCUCAAUGUUCGGCGGACACUGAGAGCUAACUAUAUCGCGACCACAAGUAUGGAGCUCACCGCCUCAUCGGCUGGCGUUCACUCAACACUUGUCCGUUCACCAAACCCGAGGCGCCAAUCAGAUCAAAUUGUUUUGAAGCCUUCAGCACCUCGCAUACCUGAUUUCGUCGUUGACGACGAUUUCGAUGAACGGUCUUUCGUGCGGCCCAAGCAUGACGUGCAUUCUGUGCCAGUGGAGGAGCGAACUGAGGAUGGGGGCCAUUAGGUAGAACUUACCUAUCGCGCAGUAAUAUGUCAGAUUCGAUGAACUGACCUGACAGCCUUACUAUUUUUUUCGGUGUAGAAUUGUU